AUUUAAACGAAUAAGAUAUUUUUGUACAAUGUCGCUCAGAUUAUCCGGAAAAGCUGCUGUUGUAACUGGAGGGGGAAGUGGGAUUGGGCAAUCGGUUUCUGAAUUAUUUGCUAGAGAAGGUUGCAGUGUUGCAGUUUUGGAUCUUAAUCAAGACGGGAUGGAUGAAACAUUGAAACUACUUGAUACGAACCAUGGCAAUGUACAUUGCACAAUCAAGGCGGAUGUAAGCUCUUCCGAUCAAGCAAAAGAGGCCUUCAGGACUGCCGAAGAAAAACUUGGAAAAAAAAUUACAGUGCUUGUUAACUGUGCAGGAAUUGUAACCACUCCAUUUUCUUUUGACCAGAUGGGGGAAACUGCCUUCGACGACGUUAUUCGAGUUAAUUUGAAAGGUACUUUCAUAAUGUGCAAGCAAUUUUUGUUGUCACUGGCAAACUUUAAUACUAAUUCUAAUGACACCCGAGCAACCGUGGUAAAUAUAUCGAGCCUUAAUGGCGUAAAAUGCGUAGCAGAAGCGUCCAGUUAUGCUGCAUCUAAAUUUGGGGUCGUUGGCAUCACCAAAACCUUGGCUUUGGAAUACGAAAAACAUAAAGUUCGAUGCAAUGCAGUGUUACCUGGCCUAACUAAAACGCCACUACUAAAGUCAAUUCCCAGAGAUUUUCUACAAGCGAUUGAAGAGGGUAUACCGAUGAAAAGAUUGGCCAAACCCGAGGAAGUAGCAAAAUGUAUUUUAUUCCUGGCAUCCGAUGAUAGUUCGUACGUGAACGGGGCAUGCCUCGAAAUCACUGGAGGAUAUGGUUUAUAGUUUACAGUGGGUUGAUAUUUUAAAUUAAUCACGUAUUGUCAAUAUUCUUACAUGACUGAAAU